CUCAUUUGACGAAAGUCGAGAAGAUUAGCCGUUGUAACCUCAAGUUCUGGACACUGAGACUUCUGAAGAAAUUUGCUUUCUGCUUACAACCAGGACAUAUUUUCCAAUAAAUCUCCUGUUUUCACACUGCAGCACUAUGCCAACUAUAGGAAUUAAGCGGGACCUACUGUUCCAGGCACUAGGAAAAACUUACACGGAUGACGAGUUCCAAAAAGUGUGCUUCGAGUUUGGUUUAGAGCUGGAUGAAGUUACCACCGAAAAGCAGAUGCUCACCAAAGAGCAGGGUGAUUCCCAACUAUCGGCCGGAUUAUCUGAAGACGUAAUUUAUAGAGUGGACAUACCAGCGAAUCGCUAUGAUUUAUUAUGUCUGGAAGGAUUGGUGCUCGGCCUCAAAAUAUUCCAGGGAAUAAUUCCUCCCCCUCAAUAUAAAGUAAUCAAGCUAACCGAUGGCAGUGUGGAGAAACUGGUAGUGAAGCCGGACACUGAAAAAAUUAGACCAUUUGUCGUGGCUGCUAUUUUACGAAACUUGAGUUUCACUCAAGAUUCUUACAAUAGCUUCAUUGAUUUGCAAGACAAACUGCACCAGAAUAUAUGCAGGAAAAGGUCGCUAGUCGCCAUUGGCACUCAUGACUACGACACUAUCAAAGGCCCCUUUAUUUAUGAUGCGAAGCCUCCCAGCGACAUCAAGUUUGUUCCUUUGAACCAAACUAAGGAAUUUACUGCUGCUGACUUAAUGACCCUUUACUCAACCCACGCCCAACUUAAGCAGUACCUAUCGAUUAUUAAAGACAGCCCUGUGUAUCCAGUGAUUUUUGAUAGUAAUGGGGUCGUGCUCUCACUACCCCCCAUCAUUAAUGGAAACCACUCGAAAAUUACGCUGGAAACGAAAAAUGUUUUCAUUGAAUGCACUGCCACUGAUUUGACUAAGGCGAAAAUUGUCCUUGACACUAUAGUCUGCAUGUUUAGUGAAUAUUGUUCAGAAAAAUACACUUCCGAAUAUGUAGAAGUGGUUUAUCCCAAUGGAACAACUGAAAUGUGCCCAGAACUCGGUUACAGAACUGAAGUAAUAUCUGUGCAUCGAGCCAACAAGCUGAUUGGAAUUAGUGAAAGUAGCACGAACAUUACCAAUCUUCUUUCAAAGAUGUGUCUUAAAUCAGAGCUGCAGUCUGAUAGCAAAAACAUCAAAGUAACAGUGCCACCGACAAGGCAUGAUGUUAUUCACGCGUGCGAUAUAUAUGAAGAUGUUGCCAUUGCUUAUGGAUACAACAAUAUUACCAGGACGUUGCCAAACACUAACACUAUAGGAGAACAACUCCCCAUAAACAAGCUCUCUGAUUUGCUAAGAUAUCCCAUUGCAGAGGCUGGUUUUACUGAAGCUCUUACCUUUGCGCUGUGUUCUCGGGACGAUAUUUCGACAAAAUUGGGUAUAGAUUCAAUUGACAAAGUGCCUGCCGUGCAUAUUUCCAAUCCGAAGACUCUGGAAUUUCAAGUUUGCCGAACGACACUACUUCCAGGCAUUCUAAAAACGAUUGCAGCCAACAAGAAAAUGCCAUUGCCGCUCAAGAUCUUUGAGGUCGCUGAUGUGGUUUUGAAAGACGCGCAAACAGAAGUGGGAGCCCGAAACGAAAGGAGAAUUUGUGCAGUUAACUGCAACAAAAACGCCGGCUUUGAGGUCGUUCAUGGGCUCUUAGAUAGAAUCAUGCUACUUUUAGAAGUGCCUUGGUCUCAAGCCCGAAGCAAUAUCGGCUACUACUUGGCAGCAACCAAUGAUCCAGCCUAUUUCCCAGGUCGUUGUGCGGAAAUCAUUUACAACGGAUCGCCUAUAGGAAAAAUCGGCGUUUUACACCCGGAUGUAUUAUCUAAAUUUGAACUAACCAACCCCUGUUCGGCUGUAGAAUUUAGCAUCGACGCAUUUGUAUAAAACAGCCGUCGUUGGAGCCAAUCGUAAUUAAUUAUACAGACUUAACUUUCCUUUUUCGAUUGCACUUCUAUUGCAAUGUUGAGCCUGCUAACUCUUCAUUGUAGUGGAGAAUAAAUAAUUUAUACAGAGUUA